AUGUCGAAGCAAGAAGAUGCAAGUACAUCGGUAUCCUCAUUGCCCACAACAAUAGUAACAACAGAAGCUGCACAAUUCGAACGGACACCAUUCGUAUCACAAAUUCGAAAAAGGAAAUUCGAUGAAACGAUAGAAUUAACGAUGGCAACAGACGAAAUGAACAAAUUAGAAGAAGAAUUUAAGACAAUAUCCGAUGCCGCUAUGAUUGAACGAAUACUCACUACAUUCAAUGGAUAUCUAUCUCUUCGAAGUAAAAUUCAAAAUUACCUAAAAACGAAUGGAACACUCUUGAUAUUUGCACGGAACUAUGCAAGUUUACUUGCAAGAUAUUUUUCUUUCAAAGCAAAAUUAGAAUUAUAUCAAACGUAUACGCAUAUGACUCAAACUGUAUUCCAUUGGUUUUCUACAAUGUCGAAAAGAUUACUAGAAAGCAAUAAUAUAGACGAAAGUAUUUUUCGUAUGCAACUAUAUGUCAAUCAGGAAUUGAAGUCAACUCAGGAACAAUUACGAACAAUUCAAGACAACUUAGCUAUAUCUAUGCAAAACGCUCAUCAACCGUCCAUGACAUUGGAAUAUUCAACCGAUCUACGAAUGAUCACAACUUCAGUUGUCAUGCUUGUACGCAAAGAGCAACAACGAUAUACUCAAACACUUUUACAAAGAAGACAUCUACUUAUGUUAAAUGCGAAAGAUAUUCGUUUAGUCUAUGAAUUUUAUCAAUUGCAACCAACUCCUGUACAACUUGCAGGCGCCGAAGCUAUAUGGCAAUUGACUGUUAAUCAACAACGGUUUAAGCGAAAACAUAUGUCACAUGGUACAAAGGCAAUGAACAAAAUUUAUGAAUACGAGAAAGUGAUAGACAAUCAUAAAACCAAAGUACGUCUUGCACACGAAAAUCAUCGAUUAGCAACAGAAUAUUCAAGACUGAAUACAGAUUUAAUAAUGGAUAUUAUUGAAAGUCGCCAAAAAACAUUAAAACAACGUAUUGAAUGUGAAGAUGAAUUGAAUCGAAUAUUUCCCAUGUUAAAGUGUGAAACAACAACCACUGGUACAAAAUCGAAUGAGACAGAUGUUACUGCCACCACCGCUGCUGCUGAAGAUGGUAAUGAUGAUGAUAGUAAUAAUAAUAAUGAUGUCGAAUAUUAA